AGAGAGAGAGGCACCAUGGGUGGGAAGGGAGGAGGCGGCGGAGGGGGUGGGAAGGGAGGAGGCGGAGGAGGUGGUGGUGGCGGAGGCAAGGGGGGUGGAGGUGGAGGCAGGAGCGGCGGCAGCGGAGGAAAGGGAGGCGGCUCCGGGGGAGGAGGAGCUCACGGCUCCGGCUCGGCCAAGUCUGGCGGCGGCGGCGGCGGUGCAGGGAAGGCGAGCGCCGGUGGUGGCUGCGGCGGCGGGAUGAUGAAGGCGCCCGGCGGCGACGGCGGGUGCAUCUCCCGCGCCGGCUUCGAGUCCAACCCGCAGGGCUAUUUCCAAGGCCUCCACCAGGGAGGCAAGUAGAGCCUUGUGGCCGGAGAACGUGUCUGCCUGUGCAGGCUGCUGCUGCCUGCAAGUGUGUUCGUGCGCAUGGACCGUGAGCGUCCAUAGCAGUAGUUCUAAAUAAUGUAAAGGUGCGGCGGCGGCAGCAGCCUAGAUAGCCUUCUCUACAUGUCGUUUCGGUUUGCUCGCUUCAAACAACCUAUCAGCUAGGGAUCGUGCAAGGUGAAUGCAAGGUGCAGUGCCAAGUGUUUUUUUU